AUGGAGCCAGGACCGUCCGUUGUGGAACCCCUGUACUUCUCAAUAAGGCCCAGAAACACAGUUCCCCAGCGUGAAGAACUGUGUGAUUCCUGUCAGGCAAUUUGUGAUCCAGGAAACACAGGUAGGAUCCACGCCCAUCUCUGUGGGCUUGUCUUUUAGUAUGAUCGGUUGGAUGGUGUUGAACGUUAUGGUGACCUGUUGUUAUGAUGACCUGUCAGUUCAUUGACCUAUUGUUAUAAGUGGUAUCAUAAAAAAAUAAGACCAUCUUAAGAAGAGAGACUGAUUUUUAUUAGAAAACAUAACCUGAAACUGGAUAUCUCUUGCAGGGUUUUAUAGUCUUGAAUAUGUAAAGGAUUCGUAAUAUCAUUGACUUUGAAACCAUUUAAGUUUUUUUUGUAGGAUCAGAUUAACAAAAAACAACUGGCACUCUCAUGAUCACUUCUAAUUGUACAGGAAAAAGUGAAAUAUUGCAAAAAGUAUAAAUGGUAGAAAGGUGAAAAGUUCACCCCACUAGAUGGUGCUGUCAUACCAUAAUCAAAAAUUACUAUGGUUACAUUCUGACUGUAAACUUCUUUUGAGUACUUCCACAUUCCACGGGGAGGUUGUAAUACAUACAUUUUUAGGCAUUUGUCUAUCCGAAGCACCUCGACUGAUCAUUUUUCCUUGUAAUGCACAUAAGACAUACAAUUUUAGCAUUUUUUUUUUAUUUUUACCUUCAUCCAAGUAUUUUAGCUUCAGCUCUGUAAUAUUUUCUACAUUUUUAUGUGGGGAAGUCACUGAAGCACACCACUAGAUGGUGCUGUUUUUCCAUUAUUACAAAUGAGUCUCAUCACCCUGUGAUGAAGAAAAUGUCAAGAUGGAGAACCAACCAUCAAUGGUCACAUAUUGCCCCCUACCCAAUUGAAAAAUAAAAGCCCUUUUUCUGUGUACGAACCAAACUUUUGAAAUAAAGAACAAUUAUGACAAACCGAAAGUUGAACAUACAGGGCUCCAGCAUCAAAAUGGAGAAUCAACUUCAAAUAGCUCCAGAGUGCCAGCUUCAAAUUAAAAAAAAAAAAAAGUAAGCCCCACUCCUGUGUUUGACCAAAACCUUUGGAAUUGAUGUCACUUAUGUUUGACCUCAAGACAAACAAAAAUGGGUUCAAUGUCAAAAUUGAGGUCCUUCAAGAAAUAACUACAUAGCACCCCCUUCAUAAUUUCAAAAUGAAACCCCUGCUUCUUUGAGUGACUCAGACCAAUGGACUAACAGACACUUAUCUUGGAUCCAACUGAAAAUGGCACGACUGCGUUCUCUACAACAUUUCUAAAUGAAAGCCCUGCUCUGGUGCGCGUCCAAAACCUGUGGAAUUAGUGACACUGAAGUUGAACCUUAACACGAACAAAAACAGUUUGAAUAUCAAAAUGGAGAUCCAUCAAAACAUGGCUCUAUGGCGCCACCUUCAAAUUUCUUCAGUGUGAACCACGCUCCUGUGUUUGACCGAAACCUAUGAAAUUGAUGACACUUAUGUUUGACCUCAAGAUGAACAAAAAGGGUUUAACUGUCAUAAUGGAUGUCCAUCAUAAAAAGGCCCCAUAGCGCCCCCUUCAAAAUUUCAAAACGUAAACCCGCUCCUGCGGUCCAGACAAGUGGAUUCAAUGACACUUAUCUUGAACCCCAAGAGGAAAAGAAAUGGGUGCCAAUGUAAAAAUUGGGGACCCAUCAAAAAAUUCCUUCAUUUCUCCCUCUACAAAAUUUCAAAAUGUAAGUUCAGCUCCUGUGUUUGACCUAAACCGAGGGAUUCAAUGACACCUACGUUGGACUCAAAGUUAAACAAAAAGUUUUCCACUGUCAAAAUGGAUUUCCAACAAAAAUGUGGUCAUAGCGCCCUCUACAAAAAUUUCAGGACUCAGUGCUGUAUUUGAAGUCUGGUGUAUACCCUGUCAAUAGGAAUGGAGCCAGGACCGUCCGUUGUGGAACCCCUGUACUUCUCAAUAAGGCCCAGAAACACAGUUCCCCAGCGUGAAGAACUGUGUGAUUCCUGUCAGGCAAUUUGUGAUCCAGGAAACACAGGUAGGAUCCACGCCCAUCUCUGUGGGCUUGUCUUUUAGUAUGAUCGGUUGGAUGGUGUUGAACGUUAUGGUGACCUGUUGUUAUGAUGACCUGUCAGUUCAUUGACCUAUUGUUAUAAGUGGUAUCAUAAAAAAAUAAGACCAUCUUAAGAAGAGAGACUGAUUUUUAUUAGAAAACAUAACCUGAAACUGGAUAUCUCUUGCAGGGUUUUAUAGUCUUGAAUAUGUAAAGGAUUCGUAAUAUCAUUGACUUUGAAACCAUUUAAUUUUUUUUUGUAGGAUCAGAUUAACAAAAAACAACUGGCACUCUCAUGAUCACUUCUAAUUGUACAGGAAAAAGUGAAAUAUUGCAAAAAGUAUAAAUGGUAGAAAGGUGAAAAGUUCACCCCACUAGAUGGUGCUGUCAUACCAUAAUCAAAAAUUACUAUGGUUACAUUCUGACUGUAAACUUCUUUUGAGUACUUCCACAUUCCACGGGGAGGUUGUAAUACAUACAUUUUUAGGCAUUUGUCUAUCCGAAGCACCUCGACUGAUCAUUUUUCCUUGUAAUGCACAUAAGACAUACAAUUUUAGCAAUCUUUUUUUAUUUUUACCUUCAUCCAAGUAUUUUAGCUUCAGCUCUGUAAUAUUUUCUACAUUUUUAUGUGGGGAAGUCACUGAAGCACACCACUAGAUGGUGCUGUUUUUCCAUUAUUACAAAUGAGUCUCAUCACCCUGUGAUGAAGAAAAUGUCAAGAUGGAGAACCAACCAUCAAUGGUCACAUAUUGCCCCCUACCCAAUUGAAAAAUAAAAGCCCUUUUUCUGUGUACGAACCAAACUUUUGAAAUAAAGAACAAUUAUGACAAACCGAAAGUUGAACAUACAGGGCUCCAGCAUCAAAAUGGAGAAUCAACUUCAAAUAGCUCCAGAGUGCCAGCUUCAAAUUAAAAAAAAAAAAAAGUAAGCCCCACUCCUGUGUUUGACCAAAACCUUUGGAAUUGAUGUCACUUAUGUUUGACCUCAAGACAAACAAAAAUGGGUUCAAUGUCAAAAUUGAGGUCCUUCAAGAAAUAACUACAUAGCACCCCCUUCAUAAUUUCAAAAUGAAACCCCUGCUUCUUUGAGUGACUCAGACCAAUGGACUAACAGACACUUAUCUUGGAUCCAACUGAAAAUGGCACGACUGCGUUCUCUACAACAUUUCUAAAUGAAAGCCCUGCUCUGGUGCGCGUCCAAAACCUGUGGAAUUAGUGACACUGAAGUUGAACCUUAACAUGAACAAAAACAGUUUGAAUAUCAAAAUGGAGAUCCAUCAAAACAUGGCUCUAUGGUGCCACCUUCAAAUUUCUUCAGUGUGAACCACGCUCCUGUGUUUGACCGAAACCUAUGAAAUUGAUGACACUUAUGUUUGACCUCAAGAUGAACAAAAAGGGUUUAACUGUCAUAAUGGAUGUCCAUCAUAAAAAGGCCCCAUAGCGCCCCCUUCAAAAUUUCAAAACGUAAACCCGCUCCUGCGGUCCAGACAAGUGGAUUCAAUGACACUUGUCUUGAACGCCAAGAGGAAAAGAAAUGGUUGCCAAUGUAAAAAUUGGGGACCCAUCAAAAAAUUCCUUCAUUUCUCCCUCUACAAAAUUUCAAAAUGUAAGUUCAGCUCCUGUGUUUGACCUAAACCGAGGGAUUCAAUGACACCUACGUUGGACUCAAAGUUAAACAAAAAGUUUUCCACUGUCAAAAUGGAUUUCCAACAAAAAUGUGGUCAUAGCGCCCUCUACAAAAAUUUCAGGACUCAGUGCUGUAUUUGAAGUCUGGUGUAUACCCUGUCAAUAGGAAUGGAGCCAGGACCGUCCGUUGUGGAACCCCUGUACUUCUCAAUAAGGCCCAGAAACACAGUUCCCCAGCGUGAAGAACUGUGUGAUUCCUGUCAGGCAAUUUGUGAUCCAGGAAACACAGGUAGGAUCCACGCCCAUCUCUGUGGGCUUGUCUUUUAGUAUGAUCGGUUGGAUGGUGUUGAACGUUAUGGUGACCUGUUGUUAUGAUGACCUGUCAGUUCAUUGACCUAUUGUUAUAAGUGGUAUCAUAAAAAAAUAAGACCAUCUUAAGAAGAGAGACUGAUUUUUAUUAGAAAACAUAACCUGAAACUGGAUAUCUCUUGCAGGGUUUUAUAGUCUUGAAUAUGUAAAGGAUUCGUAAUAUCAUUGACUUUGAAACCAUUUAAUUUUUUUUGUAGGAUCAGAUUAACAAAAAACAACUGGCACUCUCAUGAUCACUUCUAAUUGUACAGGAAAAAGUGAAAUAUUGCAAAAAGUAUAAAUGGUAGAAAGGUGAAAAGUUCACCCCACUAGAUGGUGCUGUCAUACCAUAAUCAAAAAUUACUAUGGUUACAUUCUGACUGUAAACUUCUUUUGAGUACUUCCACAUUCCACGGGGAGGUUGUAAUACAUACAUUUUUAGGCAUUUGUCUAUCCGAAGCACCUCGACUGAUCAUUUUUCCUUGUAAUGCACAUAAGACAUACAAUUUUAGCAAUCUUUUUUUAUUUUUACCUUCAUCCAAGUAUUUUAGCUUCAGCUCUGUAAUAUUUUCUACAUUUUUAUGUGGGGAAGUCACUGAAGCACACCACUAGAUGGUGCUGUUUUUCCAUUAUUACAAAUGAGUCUCAUCACCCUGUGAUGAAGAAAAUGUCAAGAUGGAGAACCAACCAUCAAUGGUCACAUAUUGCCCCCUACCCAAUUGAAAAAUAAAAGCCCUUUUUCUGUGUACGAACCAAACUUUUGAAAUAAAGAACAAUUAUGACAAACCGAAAGUUGAACAUACAGGGCUCCAGCAUCAAAAUGGAGAAUCAACUUCAAAUAGCUCCAGAGUGCCAGCUUCAAAUUAAAAAAAAAAAAAGUAAGCCCCACUCCUGUGUUUGACCAAAACCUUUGGAAUUGAUGUCACUUAUGUUUGACCUCAAGACAAACAAAAAUGGGUUCAAUGUCAAAAUUGAGGUCCUUCAAGAAAUAACUACAUAGCACCCCUUCAUAAUUUCAAAAUGAAACCCCUGCUUCUUUGAGUGACUCAGACCAAUGGACUAACAGACACUUAUCUUGGAUCCAACUGAAAAUGGCACGACUGCGUUCUCUACAACAUUUCUAAAUGAAAGCCCUGCUCUGGUGCGCGUCCAAAACCUGUGGAAUUAGUGACACUGAAGUUGAACCUUAACACGAACAAAAACAGUUUGAAUAUCAAAAUGGAGAUCCAUCAAAACAUGGCUCUAUGGUGCCACCUUCAAAUUUCUUCAGUGUGAACCACGCUCCUGUGUUUGACCGAAACCUAUGAAAUUGAUGACACUUAUGUUUGACCUCAAGAUGAACAAAAAGGGUUUAACUGUCAUAAUGGAUGUCCAUCAUAAAAAGGCCCCAUAGCGCCCCCUUCAAAAUUUCAAAACGUAAACCCGCUCCUGCGGUCCAGACAAGUGGAUUCAAUGACACUUAUCUUGAACCCCAAGAGGAAAAGAAAUGGGUGCCAAUGUAAAAAUUGGGGACCCAUCAAAAAAUUCCUUCAUUUCUCCCUCUACAAAAUUUCAAAAUGUAAGUUCAGCUCCUGUGUUUGACCUAAACCGAGGGAUUCAAUGACACCUACGUUGGACUCAAAGUUAAACAAAAAGUUUUCCACUGUCAAAAUGGAUUUCCAACAAAAAUGUGGUCAUAGCGCCCUCUACAAAAAUUUCAGGACUCAGUGCUGUAUUUGAAGUCUGGUGUAUACCCUGUCAAUAGGAAUGGAGCCAGGACCGUCCGUUGUGGAACCCCUGUACUUCUCAAUAAGGCCCAGAAACACAGUUCCCCAGCGUGAAGAACUGUGUGAUUCCUGUCAGGCAAUUUGUGAUCCAGGAAACACAGGUAGGAUCCACGCCCAUCUCUGUGGGCUUGUCUUUUAGUAUGAUCGGUUGGAUGGUGUUGAACGUUAUGGUGACCUGUUGUUAUGAUGACCUGUCAGUUCAUUGACCUAUUGUUAUAAGUGGUAUCAUAAAAAAAUAAGACCAUCUUAAGAAGAGAGACUGAUUUUUAUUAGAAAACAUAACCUGAAACUGGAUAUCUCUUGCAGGGUUUUAUAGUCUUGAAUAUGUAAAGGAUUCGUAAUAUCAUUGACUUUGAAACCAUUUAAUUUUUUUUGUAGGAUCAGAUUAACAAAAAACAACUGGCACUCUCAUGAUCACUUCUAAUUGUACAGGAAAAAGUGAAAUAUUGCAAAAAGUAUAAAUGGUAGAAAGGUGAAAAGUUCACCCCACUAGAUGGUGCUGUCAUACCAUAAUCAAAAAUUACUAUGGUUACAUUCUGACUGUAAACUUCUUUUGAGUACUUCCACAUUCCACGGGGAGGUUGUAAUACAUACAUUUUUAGGCAUUUGUCUAUCCGAAGCACCUCGACUGAUCAUUUUUCCUUGUAAUGCACAUAAGACAUACAAUUUUAGCAAUCUUUUUUUAUUUUUACCUUCAUCCAAGUAUUUUAGCUUCAGCUCUGUAAUAUUUUCUACAUUUUUAUGUGGGGAAGUCACUGAAGCACACCACUAGAUGGUGCUGUUUUUCCAUUAUUACAAAUGAGUCUCAUCACCCUGUGAUGAAGAAAAUGUCAAGAUGGAGAACCAACCAUCAAUGGUCACAUAUUGCCCCCUACCCAAUUGAAAAAUAAAAGCCCUUUUUCUGUGUACGAACCAAACUUUUGAAAUAAAGAACAAUUAUGACAAACCGAAAGUUGAACAUACAGGGCUCCAGCAUCAAAAUGGAGAAUCAACUUCAAAUAGCUCCAGAGUGCCAGCUUCAAAUUAAAAAAAAAAAAAAGUAAGCCCCACUCCUGUGUUUGACCAAAACCUUUGGAAUUGAUGUCACUUAUGUUUGACCUCAAGACAAACAAAAAUGGGUUCAAUGUCAAAAUUGAGGUCCUUCAAGAAAUAACUACAUAGCACCCCUUCAUAAUUUCAAAAUGAAACCCCUGCUUCUUUGAGUGACUCAGACCAAUGGACUAACAGACACUUAUCUUGGAUCCAACUGAAAAUGGCACGACUGCGUUCUCUACAACAUUUCUAAAUGAAAGCCCUGCUCUGGUGCGCGUCCAAAACCUGUGGAAUUAGUGACACUGAAGUUGAACCUUAACACGAACAAAAACAGUUUGAAUAUCAAAAUGGAGAUCCAUCAAAACAUGGCUCUAUGGCGCCACCUUCAAAUUUCUUCAGUGUGAACCACGCUCCUGUGUUUGACCGAAACCUAUGAAAUUGAUGACACUUAUGUUUGACCUCAAGAUGAACAAAAAGGGUUUAACUGUCAUAAUGGAUGUCCAUCAUAAAAAGGCCCCAUAGCGCCCCCUUCAAAAUUUCAAAACGUAAACCCGCUCCUGCGGUCCAGACAAGUGGAUUCAAUGACACUUAUCUUGAACCCCAAGAGGAAAAGAAAUGGGUGCCAAUGUAAAAAUUGGGGACCCAUCAAAAAAUUCCUUCAUUUCUCCCUCUACAAAAUUUCAAAAUGUAAGUUCAGCUCCUGUGUUUGACCUAAACCGAGGGAUUCAAUGACACCUACGUUGGACUCAAAGUUAAACAAAAAGUUUUCCACUGUCAAAAUGGAUUUCCAACAAAAAUGUGGUCAUAGCGCCCUCUACAAAAAUUUCAGGACUCAGUGCUGUAUUUGAAGUCUGGUGUAUACCCUGUCAAUAGGAAUGGAGCCAGGACCGUCCGUUGUGGAACCCCUGUACUUCUCAAUAAGGCCCAGAAACACAGUUCCCCAGCGUGAAGAACUGUGUGAUUCCUGUCAGGCAAUUUGUGAUCCAGGAAACACAGGUAGGAUCCACGCCCAUCUCUGUGGGCUUGUCUUUUAGUAUGAUCGGUUGGAUGGUGUUGAACGUUAUGGUGACCUGUUGUUAUGAUGACCUGUCAGUUCAUUGACCUAUUGUUAUAAGUGGUAUCAUAAAAAAAUAAGACCAUCUUAAGAAGAGAGACUGAUUUUUAUUAGAAAACAUAACCUGAAACUGGAUAUCUCUUGCAGGGUUUUAUAGUCUUGAAUAUGUAAAGGAUUCGUAAUAUCAUUGACUUUGAAACCAUUUAAUUUUUUUUUGUAGGAUCAGAUUAACAAAAAACAACUGGCACUCUCAUGAUCACUUCUAAUUGUACAGGAAAAAGUGAAAUAUUGCAAAAAGUAUAAAUGGUAGAAAGGUGAAAAGUUCACCCCACUAGAUGGUGCUGUCAUACCAUAAUCAAAAAUUACUAUGGUUACAUUCUGACUGUAAACUUCUUUUGAGUACUUCCACAUUCCACGGGGAGGUUGUAAUACAUACAUUUUUAGGCAUUUGUCUAUCCGAAGCACCUCGACUGAUCAUUUUUCCUUGUAAUGCACAUAAGACAUACAAUUUUAGCAAUCUUUUUUUAUUUUUACCUUCAUCCAAGUAUUUUAGCUUCAGCUCUGUAAUAUUUUCUACAUUUUUAUGUGGGGAAGUCACUGAAGCACACCACUAGAUGGUGCUGUUUUUCCAUUAUUACAAAUGAGUCUCAUCACCCUGUGAUGAAGAAAAUGUCAAGAUGGAGAACCAACCAUCAAUGGUCACAUAUUGCCCCCUACCCAAUUGAAAAAUAAAAGCCCUUUUUCUGUGUACGAACCAAACUUUUGAAAUAAAGAACAAUUAUGACAAACCGAAAGUUGAACAUACAGGGCUCCAGCAUCAAAAUGGAGAAUCAACUUCAAAUAGCUCCAGAGUGCCAGCUUCAAAUUAAAAAAAAAAAAAAGUAAGCCCCACUCCUGUGUUUGACCAAAACCUUUGGAAUUGAUGUCACUUAUGUUUGACCUCAAGACAAACAAAAAUGGGUUCAAUGUCAAAAUUGAGGUCCUUCAAGAAAUAACUACAUAGCACCCCCUUCAUAAUUUCAAAAUGAAACCCCUGCUUCUUUGAGUGACUCAGACCAAUGGACUAACAGACACUUAUCUUGGAUCCAACUGAAAAUGGCACGACUGCGUUCUCUACAACAUUUCUAAAUGAAAGCCCUGCUCUGGUGCGCGUCCAAAACCUGUGGAAUUAGUGACACUGAAGUUGAACCUUAACACGAACAAAAACAGUUUGAAUAUCAAAAUGGAGAUCCAUCAAAACAUGGCUCUAUGGCGCCACCUUCAAAUUUCUUCAGUGUGAACCACGCUCCUGUGUUUGACCGAAACCUAUGAAAUUGAUGACACUUAUGUUUGACCUCAAGAUGAACAAAAAGGGUUUAACUGUCAUAAUGGAUGUCCAUCAUAAAAAGGCCCCAUAGCGCCCCCUUCAAAAUUUCAAAACGUAAACCCGCUCCUGCGGUCCAGACAAGUGGAUUCAAUGACACUUAUCUUGAACCCCAAGAGGAAAAGAAAUGGGUGCCAAUGUAAAAAUUGGGGACCCAUCAAAAAAUUCCUUCAUUUCUCCCUCUACAAAAUUUCAAAAUGUAAGUUCAGCUCCUGUGUUUGACCUAAACCGAGGGAUUCAAUGACACCUACGUUGGACUCAAAGUUAAACAAAAAGUUUUCCACUGUCAAAAUGGAUUUCCAACAAAAAUGUGGUCAUAGCGCCCUCUACAAAAAUUUCAGGACUCAGUGCUGUAUUUGAAGUCUGGUGUAUACCCUGUCAAUAGGAAUGGAGCCAGGACCGUCCGUUGUGGAACCCCUGUACUUCUCAAUAAGGCCCAGAAACACAGUUCCCCAGCGUGAAGAACUGUGUGAUUCCUGUCAGGCAAUUUGUGAUCCAGGAAACACAGGUAGGAUCCACGCCCAUCUCUGUGGGCUUGUCUUUUAGUAUGAUCGGUUGGAUGGUGUUGAACGUUAUGGUGACCUGUUGUUAUGAUGACCUGUCAGUUCAUUGACCUAUUGUUAUAAGUGGUAUCAUAAAAAAAUAAGACCAUCUUAAGAAGAGAGACUGAUUUUUAUUAGAAAACAUAACCUGAAACUGGAUAUCUCUUGCAGGGUUUUAUAGUCUUGAAUAUGUAAAGGAUUCGUAAUAUCAUUGACUUUGAAACCAUUUAAUUUUUUUUUGUAGGAUCAGAUUAACAAAAAACAACUGGCACUCUCAUGAUCACUUCUAAUUGUACAGGAAAAAGUGAAAUAUUGCAAAAAGUAUAAAUGGUAGAAAGGUGAAAAGUUCACCCCACUAGAUGGUGCUGUCAUACCAUAAUCAAAAAUUACUAUGGUUACAUUCUGACUGUAAACUUCUUUUGAGUACUUCCACAUUCCACGGGGAGGUUGUAAUACAUACAUUUUUAGGCAUUUGUCUAUCCGAAGCACCUCGACUGAUCAUUUUUCCUUGUAAUGCACAUAAGACAUACAAUUUUAGCAAUUUUUUUUUUUUUUUUUACCUUCAUCCAAGUAUUUUAGCUUCAGCUCUGUAUUAUUUUCUACAUUUUUAUGUGGGGAAGUCACUGAAGCACACCACUAGAUGGUGCUGUUUUUCCAUUAUUACAAAUGAGUCUCAUCACCCUGUGAUGAAGAAAAUGUCAAGAUGGAGAACCAACCAUCAAUGGUCACAUAUUGCCCCCUACCCAAUUGAAAAAUAAAAGCCCUUUUUCUGUGUACGAACCAAACUUUUGAAAUAAAGAACAAUUAUGACAAACCGAAAGUUGAACAUACAGGGCUCCAGCAUCAAAAUGGAGAAUCAACUUCAAAUAGCUCCAGAGUGCCAGCUUCAAAUUAAAAAAAAAAAAAAGUAAGCCCCACUCCUGUGUUUGACCAAAACCUUUGGAAUUGAUGUCACUUAUGUUUGACCUCAAGACAAACAAAAAUGGGUUCAAUGUCAAAAUUGAGGUCCUUCAAGAAAUAACUACAUAGCACCCCUUCAUAAUUUCAAAAUGAAACCCCUGCUUCUUUGAGUGACUCAGACCAAUGGACUAACAGACACUUAUCUUGGAUCCAACUGAAAAUGGCACGACUGCGUUCUCUACAACAUUUCUAAAUGAAAGCCCUGCUCUGGUGCGCGUCCAAAACCUGUGGAAUUAGUGACACUGAAGUUGAACCUUAACACGAACAAAAACAGUUUGAAUAUCAAAAUGGAGAUCCAUCAAAACAUGGCUCUAUGGCGCCACCUUCAAAUUUCUUCAGUGUGAACCACGCUCCUGUGUUUGACCGAAACCUAUGAAAUUGAUGACACUUAUGUUUGACCUCAAGAUGAACAAAAAGGGUUUAACUGUCAUAAUGGAUGUCCAUCAUAAAAAGGCCCCAUAGCGCCCCCUUCAAAAUUUCAAAACGUAAACCCGCUCCUGCGGUCCAGACAAGUGGAUUCAAUGACACUUAUCUUGAACCCCAAGAGGAAAAGAAAUGGGUGCCAAUGUAAAAAUUGGGGACCCAUCAAAAAAUUCCUUCAUUUCUCCCUCUACAAAAUUUCAAAAUGUAAGUUCAGCUCCUGUGUUUGACCUAAACCGAGGGAUUCAAUGACACCUACGUUGGACUCAAAGUUAAACAAAAAGUUUUCCACUGUCAAAAUGGAUUUCCAACAAAAAUGUGGUCAUAGCGCCCUCUACAAAAAUUUCAGGACUCAGUGCUGUAUUUGAAGUCUGGUGUAUACCCUGUCAAUAGGAAUGGAGCCAGGACCGUCCGUUGUGGAACCCCUGUACUUCUCAAUAAGGCCCAGAAACACAGUUCCCCAGCGUGAAGAACUGUGUGAUUCCUGUCAGGCAAUUUGUGAUCCAGGAAACACAGGUAGGAUCCACGCCCAUCUCUGUGGGCUUGUCUUUUAGUAUGAUCGGUUGGAUGGUGUUGAACGUUAUGGUGACCUGUUGUUAUGAUGACCUGUCAGUUCAUUGACCUAUUGUUAUAAGUGGUAUCAUAAAAAAAUAAGACCAUCUUAAGAAGAGAGACUGAUUUUUAUUAGAAAACAUAACCUGAAACUGGAUAUCUCUUGCAGGGUUUUAUAGUCUUGAAUAUGUAAAGGAUUCGUAAUAUCAUUGACUUUGAAACCAUUUAAUUUUUUUUUGUAGGAUCAGAUUAACAAAAAACAACUGGCACUCUCAUGAUCACUUCUAAUUGUACAGGAAAAAGUGAAAUAUUGCAAAAAGUAUAAAUGGUAGAAAGGUGAAAAGUUCACCCCACUAGAUGGUGCUGUCAUACCAUAAUCAAAAAUUACUAUGGUUACAUUCUGACUGUAAACUUCUUUUGAGUACUUCCACAUUCCACGGGGAGGUUGUAAUACAUACAUUUUUAGGCAUUUGUCUAUCCGAAGCACCUCGACUGAUCAUUUUUCCUUGUAAUGCACAUAAGACAUACAAUUUUAGCAAUCUUUUUUUAUUUUUACCUUCAUCCAAGUAUUUUAGCUUCAGCUCUGUAAUAUUUUCUACAUUUUUAUGUGGGGAAGUCACUGAAGCACACCACUAGAUGGUGCUGUUUUUCCAUUAUUACAAAUGAGUCUCAUCACCCUGUGAUGAAGAAAAUGUCAAGAUGGAGAACCAACCAUCAAUGGUCACAUAUUGCCCCCUACCCAAUUGAAAAAUAAAAGCCCUUUUUCUGUGUACGAACCAAACUUUUGAAAUAAAGAACAAUUAUGACAAACCGAAAGUUGAACAUACAGGGCUCCAGCAUCAAAAUGGAGAAUCAACUUCAAAUAGCUCCAGAGUGCCAGCUUCAAAUUAAAAAAAAAAAAAAGUAAGCCCCACUCCUGUGUUUGACCAAAACCUUUGGAAUUGAUGUCACUUAUGUUUGACCUCAAGACAAACAAAAAUGGGUUCAAUGUCAAAAUUGAGGUCCUUCAAGAAAUAACUACAUAGCACCCCCUUCAUAAUUUCAAAAUGAAACCCCUGCUUCUUUGAGUGACUCAGACCAAUGGACUAACAGACACUUAUCUUGGAUCCAACUGAAAAUGGCACGACUGCGUUCUCUACAACAUUUCUAAAUGAAAGCCCUGCUCUGGUGCGCGUCCAAAACCUGUGGAAUUAGUGACACUGAAGUUGAACCUUAACACGAACAAAAACAGUUUGAAUAUCAAAAUGGAGAUCCAUCAAAACACUGGCUCUAUGGCGCCACCUUCAAAUUUCUUCAGUGUGAACCACGCUCCUGUGUUUGACCGAAACCUAUGAAAUUGAUGACACUUAUGUUUGACCUCAAGAUGAACAAAAAGGGUUUAACUGUCAUAAUGGAUGUCCAUCAUAAAAAGGCCCCAUAGCGCCCCCUUCAAAAUUUCAAAACGUAAACCCGCUCCUGCGGUCCAGACAAGUGGAUUCAAUGACACUUAUCUUGAACCCCAAGAGGAAAAGAAAUGGGUGCCAAUGUAAAAAUUGGGGACCCAUCAAAAAAUUCCUUCAUUUCUCCCUCUACAAAAUUUCAAAAUGUAAGUUCAGCUCCUGUGUUUGACCUAAACCGAGGGAUUCAAUGACACCUACGUUGGACUCAAAGUUAAACAAAAAGUUUUCCACUGUCAAAAUGGAUUUCCAACAAAAAUGUGGUCAUAGCGCCCUCUACAAAAAUUUCAGGACUCAGUGCUGUAUUUGAAGUCUGGUGUAUACCCUGUCAAUAGGAAUGGAGCCAGGACCGUCCGUUGUGGAACCCCUGUACUUCUCAAUAA